AUUAGGGGAGGAGGGAAGACCGGAAGCCACGGUCGCGUCCCCGUCCUUAGAUUCGCUCCCCCGGGCUCUCAGUGGAGACGGAGGAGCGAGAGGCUGCAUGUUGGCUCGGUAAUAAAGGGGAGCGGCCGCUCGGGAGCCUUCUCCCGGGGCGCCCCCUCUAAGGGCCCCGUUGUCCUCUGCCACCCGGCUCCUGGGCGCGCGGCCCCCGCGGACGGCCGGGCCGCGGAGACCUUCGUUGAAGAGGCGCUGCCCGCGGCGGGGACUGGUCGGCGGCAUCCGAGGCCGGCGCCCCACCGCCACCACCACCCGCCUGCCCACCGGUCCCUCCGGCCGCCGCCAUGUCCUCCUCCUCCUCUUCCCCCAGGGAGACGUACGAGGAGGACCGGGAGUACGAGAGCCAGGCCAAACGCCUCAAGACCGAGGAGGGGGAGAUCGACUACUCGGCCGAGGAAGGCGAGAACCGCCGAGAAGCGGCGCCCCGGGGCGGGGGCGAUGGCGGCGGCGGCGGCGGCCGGAGCUUCUCACAGCCGGAGGCAGGUGGAAGUCAUCAUAAAGUUUCUGUUUCACCCGUCGUCCAUGUUCGAGGCCUCUGUGAAUCCGUGGUGGAAGCAGACCUUGUGGAGGCUCUGGAAAAAUUUGGGACAAUAUGCUAUGUGAUGAUGAUGCCAUUUAAACGGCAGGCUCUUGUGGAAUUUGAAAACAUAGAUAGUGCCAAAGAAUGUGUGAUGUUUGCUGCGGAUGAACCUGUGUACAUUGCUGGCCAACAAGCUUUUUUCAAUUAUUCUACAAGCAAAAGGAUCACUCGGCCAGGAAAUACUGAUGAUCCAUCAGGAGGCAACAAAGUUCUUCUGCUUUCAAUUCAGAAUCCUCUUUAUCCAAUUACAGUGCCAACUCGUCUAAAUGUUAUUAGGAAUGACAAUGACAGUUGGGACUACACUAAACCAUAUUUGGGAAGACGAGAUAGAGGAAAGGGUCGCCAGAGACAAGCCAUUUUGGGAGAACACCCUUCUUCGUUUAGACAUGAUGGCUAUGGAUCCCAUGGUCCAUUAUUGCCUUUACCGAGUCGUUACCGAAUGGGCUCUCGAGAUACACCUGAGCUUGUUGCUUAUCCAUUACCGCAGGCUUCUUCCUCUUACAUGCAUGGAGGAAAUCCCUCUGGUUCAGUUGUAAUGGUUAGUGGAUUACAUCAACUCAAAAUGAAUUGUUCCAGAGUCUUCAACCUAUUCUGCUUAUAUGGGAAUAUUGAAAAGGUAAAAUUUAUGAAGACCAUUCCUGGUACAGCACUGGUAGAAAUGGGUGAUGAGUAUGCAGUAGAAAGAGCUGUCACACACCUUAAUAAUGUCAAAUUAUUUGGGAAAAGACUUAAUGUUUGUGUGUCUAAACAGCAUUCAGUUGUCCCAAGUCAAAUUUUUGAGCUGGAGGAUGGUACAAGUAGCUACAAAGAUUUUGCAAUGAGCAAAAAUAAUCGCUUUACAAGUGCUGGCCAAGCAUCUAAGAAUAUAAUCCAGCCACCAUCAUGUGUGCUGCACUAUUAUAAUGUUCCAUUGUGUGUCACAGAAGAGACCUUCACAAAGUUGUGUAAUGACCAUGAAGUCCUUACAUUCAUCAAAUAUAAAGUGUUUGAUGCAAAACCAUCUGCCAAAACACUUUCUGGUCUAUUAGAAUGGGAAUGCAAAACUGAUGCAGUGGAAGCCCUGACAGCACUUAAUCACUACCAGAUUAGAGUUCCAAAUGGUUCCAAUCCUUAUACACUGAAGCUUUGCUUUUCUACAUCAUCUCAUUUAUAAGAAGAGAAGAGCAUGUUAAAAUUUAUGUUAAUCUUUAUUACAAUUUUAAAGCUAUUCUUCAUUAAAAAUAACCUAAAAUGGUUGAUCUAAUGUUGCCUUGCUUACUUUAAGAUCCUGUUCUGUAAUAAACAUAUUUUGCCUUGAGUAAGUUUGUUGUAAACUUAAAUAUCAUUUUCAUUUUAAGAUAGAAUAUCAUUAUGUAGACUAUCUACAGCUUCAUUGUAGAUUAUAUAAACAUAUGAUUUCUAACCUUAUUACUAUAAUUUUCUCCCACAGUAAAAAUAUAUUUGCAUUCUUAAUGAUAAUUAUCUGCAAGUAUUUUUCCAUUGUGUAUGAGAUUAAUGCAGUUGAAAAGUAUUGCAUUUUAAUAUAGAAUUCCUAUUAUAUGUUUAGAUAUUUGAGUAUGUUGCAGUUACUCCUAUUAAACAUAACUUGUAUUUAUUAUUUUAAUCAAGUUUGAGAAUAACAUUGCACAUGUUGAAUUUUAAGUACUACAGAUUUAGCUGAUUUUAUAUUUCUGAAGGCUAACAGACAUGGUUACACUUGUAUAAUAUGCGCUCAAACUUAUUUAAAUUGGUGUAUUUUUUUUAAGUCAUUGUCCAUUUGUAUUGACAUGCCUCCGUUUCUAGUUCCAGUUUGGAGAUUUUAUAAAGUUAAAACGAUGA